AGAAAUCGGAGUACACAGAGCUGUAAUGCUUACAGUACAUAAAAAGCAAAUGGAGAGAUUGACUCUUAAAGAUUAUGCUCCUGAGCCAUUACCAAAGAUUCAUAUCAAUGAUAUUGUUCUUUAGAAGAAAAUCAGAAAAACAAAGAGCUCCCUUUUUUCAAAUCCAUUAUUAGUGAGAAGAAAAGAAGACAAAUAUGUUACAAGCUCUAACCGGACUCCAGUUUCAAAAGGAAGAACAAUUAGGAGAAAAGGAGAGGAGACUUCAUCUCAGCCAGGAAGCCAGGGCCCAGCAUACACAGUUCCACAUGCAAUUUUCAUACAAACCAAUGUUUCAGAGACUUUUCCCAGUAAGACCAGAAAUUUCUUCAAGUCAAUUAUCAUCCUUUUCUAAGGUCUCAGCACAUCUGGAAAAUCCUGCAAAAUCCCAGCUACAGAGAGUCCAGAGACAACAAGUAAAACCCUUUAUGACCCUUGACUACCAGCUUGUCAACCAGACUCCUAAACGGUCACACCCUCCAGCUUCAAGCAGUGCGCUUCUGGUGCAGCAAGGACACCUAUCUCCCGAGAGUGACACUGGCUUUACUGGAAAUCCACUCAGCAAGUUACUAACUCUUGGGAAAGAAGAUGACAAUGUGGAAUGGCAUAUGGAAGACGUAAUUGAGGAUAUAAUCGGUAUGGAGUCAAGUUUUAAAGAGGAAGGAACAGACUCUCCUCUGCUAAUGCAAAGAACAUUGUCUGGAAAUAUUUUGGACGUGUAUAGUGGUGAGCAGGGAAUUUCACCAGUUAAUAUGGGCCUUACAAGUGCUUCCUGUCCAAGUAGUCUGCCAAUGAAAAGAGAAAUUACAGAAACUGAUACACGAGCUUUGGCAAAAGAGAGACAAAAAAAGGACAACCACAACCUCAUUGAAAGAAGAAGAAGGUAUAAUAUUAAUUACCGAAUCAAGGAGCUUGGCACUCUUAUUCCAAAGUCUAAUGAUCCUGAUAUGCGCUGGAACAAAGGAACCAUUCUAAAAGCAUCAGUGGAGUACAUCAAGUGGCUACAAAAAGAACAACAGAGAGCUCGAGAAUUAGAACACAGACAGAAGAAAUUAGAGCAGGCUAACAGGAGGCUUCUACUCCGGAUUCAGGAACUAGAAAUACAGGCUCGUGCUCAUGGUCUGCCAGCCCUGGCUUCACUUGGUGCAGUGGAUUUAGGUGCUCAUGUCACCAAACAACAGACCCAUCUUGAGCAGAACUCAGUAGACUAUUGCCAACAACUGACUUUGUCUCAAGGGACCAGUCCUGAGCUCUGUGAUCAAGCCAUGGCCUUCUCUGAUCCUUUGUCACAUUUCACAGAUUUAUCCUUUAGUGCCGCUUUGAAAGAGGAGCAAAGAUUGAAUGACAUGCUACUAGAUGACACAAUAUCUCCAUUUGGAACAGAUCCUCUGCUAUCUGCCAUUUCCCCUGCAGUUUCCAAAGAAAGCAGUAGGAGAAGUAGUUUUAGCUCAGAUGAUGGGAAUGAAUUAUAAAAAAGCAAACAGGCUCAAUUCAUCAACUGGGAAACAAUUCUACGCUGGUGCUAUGCAAGUAUGUUCUGUUUCAUAUAUUGCUUUGGCUUAGUUUUCUCAAAAGGAAUAGACUGUUCACGAAAAACUAGAGACGGCAGAAGAAACAUGGUGUUGAAUAAUUAUUGAGGACAAUUAAGGAUUUUUUCUUCUUUGACUAAAUUGUGUUUUCCUGAAAAGAGGUACAGAAUAAGAAAUAACUCCCUACUAAUGUUGUCAGAGUGGAGAUGUGGUGAUGUAUCACUGGAGCCAACAGACUGCAAGGAGAAAACCUACUGAAAUACGCAAACCAUUUUUCACUUAUUCACUUCCAACUCUUCUAUUCAAGUCUUAUGUUAGUCAUCAGGUAUCAAGAUCAACAGCUCUGAUGGUUCAUUGACUUUCUCCACUGUCUGGGGGGACAUGUUGUUGAAAGUUCAAACUUGCCAGAGGAAAUAGUUAAAAGAUACAGAAUCUGUCAUAUUUUAAUUGAAAAGUGAAUAUUUAGUAAACAUUUGAAUUUUCCACAAUAAAAUACCAAAAAUUUAUGAGAGCUUUGCUUCUUAAAAUGAGGCCCUAAUUCCUCUUGUCAGUUCAAAUACACUAAUUCUGAGAGUGUCUUCUGCAUAUUUAUGGAAACAUGCGAUGUUCAAAAAAAGAACAUGUUGAAUAAUUUCCUCAAGAAUAUGAGCUGAAAUUUUACUCCUUCCCACAAACAUACACUUACACACAGACACACAGACACACACGUAGGUAGUACAUGUCUUUUUUAUUUUCCUUCACUUUCAUGGUUUUUCUAAUCAGGAUCAGAAAUUGUAUUCCAAAUAUUCUUUACUUCAUCCAAAAGAGAUACUGGAUAAUCAGUUUCAAUAAUUAGAAUACCCCCCC